CAUGUCCUCCUGCGAUGUACGCACAGGACCCCACAAACACAAUGCUACCAGCGCGUCGACCUGUAAGCAGGUCAGUCACUGCCAACGCUUCAUUAUACCUGGUUUGACAAUGAUAAGGUAACUGGUGGACAUAUGGAACAGGCCAACAGCCAGUGUCGAGAAUGACCUCCGCCUUGGCUUGGGCCUGUCCUGCGCCUCUUUAGUUGCAGUACUUUGGGUCAAGACGUGGUGUCUGGUGGCUUGGAAGGCAGCCAGGGCGUUGGGCUUGGCGGGUAUGUGCCUUGGACCGGCCCAGGCUUGCACCGGGGAAGCAGACGGGCUGCGGCCGCGUCGUGCAUCUGGGCCAGGCGCCGUGGGGGAGGCCAGUGCCGCCGCCCGUGGACAGUCCAGCGUCCGGAAGUUCAUGCCGGACAUCCAUGACUGGUUCAUGGAGAACUGGCUUGAUGAGAAGAAGCGGGGGAAGUGGGAGGCGGUGGUGGCUGCUCUUCCUCAGCUGAAGGACGCCAACGUGGACUCCCUCUCCACUGUCUAUGGCCGGUGGAAGCGGGAGCAGGAGAAGAAGGAGAAGGAGGAGAAGAAGGAGGAGCAGUAGGAGGAGAAGGAGGAGGAGGACUAGGACUAGGCUAGAGACUCGGACACGCGAGGCGGUUGCGCAUAGUAGUGGCCACAGCCGGACCCGAUGCCCUGCCCCAAUGUUUUCCUGGUAUUGCCUUCAUCCCGCAUCUAUGAGUGUCUUGCCGCAAGCCUUACGUAACCUGGUCCUUUCGAUGCGCGCAGUAGCUGGCAGUGGUGUGCUGCAUCUUAGUGAACGGCCUUACCCCCUGGCCUGUCGCGCCUGGUUGUGCGUGGGUGCUACCGCCAAAAGACCUAAACGAGAUGAGGGGUGUUUCGUGACGCUGGGGCUUUGGCGGGCUUCGGCUUGGCUUCGACUCAUGUGCGUAACACUAUGGAGCAAACCGGGGGACGGGUGUUGUCUCUCUGGGUCGAAGAUGGCCCCGCGCGGCGUGGGUACGGCGUGCCCCCGCUUGUCGGGCUGUCCCUUCAAUUGUACAUCCGCAUCCU